AUGAGGGUCUUUCUUUACAGUGGUCUUCUAUCAGCGCACAUCCUCGCCAGGGAAAAUGCCAUUAAACAUUGGAGAGAGUUGAUGGGCCCCACACACGUUUACCGGGCCCAGUACGAAGCUCCUUUAUCCCUAAGAGCCCGGUUUGGCUUAACAGACACAAGAAAUGCCACUCACGGUUCAGAUUCCCCCGACACUGCCAGAAGAGAAAUUUCCUUCUUCUUUCCAAACUUCAACAUGGAGGAAUUCUACAAGUACCAGGAACCAUACUUCAGGAACAACGAGGUCAUGUUCGACCCCAAGCACUGCGUCCACAAAAUCAAAGACGCCAAGGCCCAAAAGAUAUGAACUUUGUGAUAGACCCUGUCAUGAACUGGAACUCGGAGAAUGGUGUUCGAGGCUGCCAUUGUUCGGAUCUGAACAUCCUUUCUUGUACAUAGCGUCUGUGAAAGCAUGACCUUCUUGAAUAAGGCACAGGGCUGUAGCUACGGCCGAAAAAUAAAUAAGUAAAAACAAAUAAAAUGAAUAAAUAAAUAAAAUUUGAAUAUAAACCAAUCAGUCAAUGAUAAAGUAAUGUGUCAAAUAAUAAAAAUGAUAGAAUUCUGAAAGAAGAAAAAAAUAACAUGGUUAUGUUCUAUGCAUUUUUAUCAUCGACAUGUUUAAGACAUUCAUUUAAACUUUUAAGUGGUUUUUUUUUUCUUCUUUUUUUUUUAAAAAAAUUUCAUUCUGUGUCGUCAGGGCCUUUCAGUUUUUCUUAAAAUCUCACUUCAAUCAAGGAAUCUUGAGUAUAUCAAUCAGCUGUUUGUUGCACUAUUAACCGAGCUACUUGUUUGAAUAUUAGAUGCAGAUGAUAAAUGAAAAAGUAAAACAGAAUAAUAUUUUUUCGUAAUGAAACUAAUAACAUGGGCUAUUUGUUAGCCAUUAAAAAUUUUGAUAUUUUUCGGCUGUUGUGAGCUUUUGUUGCAUUAAUUUAAUUAUUUCUCCUUUGAUCCUUCAGUUUAAUGCUCAAGAAGGUAUCCUAUAAUGUGAAACUUUUAAAUUAUCGGAUAAAGCUUUUAUAUUUAAAAAAAUUUUAUGCAACGUUGAGCCUUCAGAUUUAGUGCCUAAGCUUUCUAUAUCCGAAAAAAAGUAUUAAUUUUUUGAUUUUCUCUAUUCUGGGCCAAAUUAAGCUAAAAUCAGAAUAGAAUUAUGGCACAAAAUGUCUCUUUGAAUUUUCUUAAUCCCUCUUUCUUUUUUGAUGUUGAAUUAUACUUUGUAUUUUUUCCUGUUUAUACAUUUAAAUUUCUUAUUUGGAAGUUAAUGUUUUAUGAAAUUAAGUUAAAUGUGUAGUGUAUACAUAGUAUAUUUAGGCAAAAAACUGUGUACAUUUAACAAAAUGUUGAUUUAACUUGACGUGAUUGCAUAAAAAAAUAUAUUAAAAAAAAAAAAGAAAAGAUUUUUUUUUCCUUCAAGAAAAUAAGAAUUCGUUAAACCUCUUUUGUUGCUAAAAAUUAGCCAUUUAGGUGAAUAAUAUAAUUAUAGUAUAUAUAAAUGCCAUUAUAGAAAUGUAUUCUCUUUUUUUUAAUUUUUUUAUUAUUAUUAUUUGUUUCUUUGGGGCUCUCCAAAUGGAUGAAAAUCAAUUAAAAAAGUUAUACGUUAUGAAACAAUUGUCUUGAAGUUCCUAAGUUUUUAUUUGAUAUUGAAGUGGAUUCAUACGGUCAACGUAUGUGUGUUUGUAUAUAUUUAUGUAUUUUUGUCGUUUCACUUAGACUUUAAAAUUUUUCUUGUCACUCUUUGUAUAGCUCAUUUUUCAUUUUUUUUCUUAUAUGUUGUAAAGGGGAAUUUCCUCUGAGUACUUAUUUUUAUAUGCAA